UGAGCUGACAUUGAAAAAUUCCAGAACUAAUACCGCAGCUGUAAACAACCGCAGAGUGUUCUUUGUAGAAACGACAUGCCGACCUCCCCUGUGAAGACACGGAUUCCGCUGACAAGUUUUGGUCAUCUUAUUAGCGAAGUCAAGAGACAGCUCUUUGGGAUUGAUGCACCAACCCCAACAGAACUGACAGGAUGGAGGAAACAUUUUAACAGCUACACAUUACAAGGACGCAGAAAUUUUGUUCUUGUCACAUAUGGUGUUCUUGCACUCACAGCUGCCGUCUACAUGAUGAGACACAGCAGGAAGGAGGAACAUGAAACAGCAUCUGCAUCCUCAUAAACUACAAAUGGAAAGUUAAGGGGGGUUAAGAAUACAAUAAAUUAUUUAUGAUCACUACAUGAGUGGACCGUGGUUAAUGAAGGUCGUGUUUCUACAUGUCAAUGGCCAGAUGUUUCCUUUUUCUAUCAUGCACACAGAUUGUCAUUUAAAAAAAAAAGUCACAAUAAAUUGGGAGCAGCGACAGAACUGUUCUUCUAUAUUGUGAUGUACAUCCGAGUGUAACUUGGUUGAGGACUUGGUUCUAUGAAUCAGGUGUUGAUUGAAUGUUGAAAUGUAAAUGUUGGUUGCACUCAUAAGUGAAUGCAGAUGAACAUGAGCUUGAGGGACAAGAUUUAGGCAGAUGAAGUCCUGCUUACAUCACCAAGAGAAAAGUCGGUUGCAUGUGAACAAUGCAUCCAUGCCUGGAUGUAUGGUUCACAAUAAAACCUAUAACAUCCAUUUAGAAUAUUGAUAAAGUGAAUUUUAAUUUCAUGCAGACUAUAAUGUUUUUUAAUCGCAUUGUUGUUGUUGUUUUUAGUCUUUUUGGGGAUUUGCCAGUAGAGUGCAGUGUAAGCUUAUUGUCAAGUACG